AUGCAAGCCUUCUAUGGGUCGUGGAAAUUGGAAAGCAGUGAUGACGUGAGUGUGUUAGCUCAACGCCUGGGUGCCGAAAUACCCAAAGAAAAAUUGGCCCAAAUGUCCAAUUCGGCCCUUGCAUUCUCCCCAGGUGCCGCCGACCACCACAUCAUGCAAGUAAAAAUGGGAUCCACGACUCGCGACACAACGUUCAAGCUGGGUGAGAAGUUUCAACACACUACAGUCGAUGGUCGACCCGUUACGGUAAGAUUCAGACUCAGUAUUCGUUUAUAUUUUAUGCUUGUUAUUACUGAGACAUCUUCUCCACGUAACCUUAGUGUUAUUAAGCGUGCCAGUCCUCUAGGCUAUCUCUCACCACUAAUCUCGAGCAGAGCAGUUCAACGGUCAAUUCCCUGUAUCCAGAUUUAAUAACAGCAGACCAUUAAACUCUGGCGAGAGGUGCUGUUCAAAGGAUGAACUGGUUUGCACUCACUUUUGGGAACCCAUUAAACCAUACGUACUUAGUUAAUAUGUAUGCAUGCAUAUGUGCAUGUGCAUAUGUCAGAGUGGAGAGGAAAUAUGUUGGAAGUAAAUUCAUAUAUAAAUGUUUCGGACUCUUUUGCUUUCACCUAGUCAUUCAUAACUCAUGCGAAACAUGCUUGCCUCGGAAAAUCACAGGAUCUGUGUGUGCCCAUUCCUGAGUUAAUGCAUGUACAUAUAUGUAUAUAUUAAUUUCUGAAAGUAUUACCCUGAUUAUUCUCUGGAGUUCAUAUACCAGAAACCGCUAGAGAAUGCUGGGGGUCCCACUGAAGAGCCGAACCGCUAGCAGCUGUGUCACGCAGAGGCAGAAUAUCGACGAAAUACGUGUCUGGGCUUUUAGCAAUUAUCUAUGUCGGGAGUACGGUAUAAUACAUAUAUAUAAUGGUAGGGGACGCUCACCGAUCGUUCAUACAGAACUCACUCGUUCCGUUGUGCCUUAAGGGCUCUCUCUCAAGCUCAACCAGCAGCCGCACAGCGGCGCAUGAUAUAUAAGCAGAAUGCUAUUGCCGACAAAGAAAUUCUGCCUAUUUAUCAUGCGCCGCUGUGCGGCUGCUGGUUGGGCUUGAGAGAGAGCCCUUAAUGCACAACGGAACGAGUGAGUUCUUUAUGAACGAUCGGUUAGCGCCCCCUACCAUUGUUUAUUCCCGAUCGAAAACCGACAGGGCAACGGGCUCGUGGCCCGGUGAGUAGAUGCGUGGACUUCUAAACCGACAAGUCGCGAGUUCGAGGCUCGGGUGUUCCACACUUCGAGCUUGGGCAUGGCUGGCUGACGACGGCUAAUAAGCCAGAAAUGGCCAUUCCAGUCUUCCUUGUCUUUGUCGGUAAUAGCAUUCUGCCUAUAUACAUAUAUAAUACAUUAGCAUCUCGCUAAGAGUACAAAGAUCCCCAGAGUGUACCAUCACAAAUAUUUGCGCAGAUAAGUUUGAAAGUAAAUGUCUGAGAUGACGGAGCAAAUUCAAAAUAAAUUAGUUGAAAAAACGGUAAUUUUUUGUGUUCAUAUACUUUGUAGAUGACUAUGAGACUGGAAGGCAACAAGUUGACAAUUGAUCAGGAAGGGGACAAAGUAAUGCUCAUUGAGAAUGUUGUGGAUGGUAAUAAUUUAACAAUGGUGAGUCUAAACCAGUCAGUUUGUCUUUUCGUGAAAAUGAUAGACGAUAGCGGGAUUUCGUAAGAAUGCACAACUUCCCCCUUAUAAAACGCCGUCUAGAGGUCACGAGGGACAUAAUACCAGGACGAAGACCUUCAAUCAACAGUGAGACCUAAAGAGUGUUUCUACACCAUAUAUGUAGCUGACGGGAUUUUGCUGCAGAUGUGCCAACUGGCUCCAACAGCAUCAGCACCGAUUUCGCAGAAGUGUUCUCAUGCCAUCUUGGGAAUGUCGAUGAUUCGCAAAUCAAACGACAGGAAAUAGAAUGGAUAGACGGAGUGUUCACGCAGCUCAGUAAGCAGUCGCACCAAGUCUUCUCACCAGGCGGGAGUCAGACGAAGUGCAUGCGUCUAAGUAUUGUUUGGCUGCAGACAAUCCGUGAAGGGAGAAUGUCUUCCGGCGUCGCGGGAUCCACCAACUGGAGAUUGUCACACGCACAAGGCCAGUGUCAGCCGCAGGGCAUUCACCUAAGUUUCGCUGGGCUGCCGCCAAUGGGUGAAGGGAGAAUUGCAGCCGGCACCGCGGUAGCUACUUGCUGGAGAUUGUUACACGCACCAUAAUGGUGACUUGCAGGCUGACUGGGCUACCUAAGAAUGCCUUCUAUGCGAGCCCGCCGAUUUGGAAAUGCAUGGGGCGUAGACUUGGGGAAGUAUGAUUGCCCCCUGGACAGCUCACAAAGCUUGUAAUUGCGAUAGCUUCAGUCCUAGAAUGGGAUUGAGAAAUGUAUGAAUGGCACAGAAAUUGAAAUUUUGCAUUUGCGAUCAGAUAUUUUAAAUUUUAAUUUAUGCGAGCAUAAGUUUGCCUUCUAUGUAUUCACUUCAUACCUGUAUUUAAUGGGAUUUUAAUUGAGUUUUAGUCAGCAUGUUCUCCGUGUUUUGUCUUGCGUCAAUUUCACCCAGCUGCGAACUCAUCAGAAGUCUCCUUGUUUUCCAUUUUACAGACUUUGAAAGUGGGCGACGUCUCUUGUGUUCGACACUACACCAAAGCCUAAAUAAACAAAGAUUAAUAAACGGAAAUUUAUUUUACCAGAUCAUAUGCAUUUGUUCUUUGGGCGAAAUGCGCACUGGGUUAGCAGAAGCCUUUAUUAUUUGACGGUUAACACGCCGUCCCAAAAAGCAACUUAAACGCCUUCUGUGGCCGCCUAGAUGAACCUCGAUGGUCCAAACAUCAGCAUUUCAACAGCUCUGCAUUAAAUAGGUGGGAAAUCCUUUAGAGAUUGGUAUAAAUGAGUUAAAGAGAGUUGCGAAACACGUCUAAUUUACUUGCUGACUGCCGGGAACCCCUAGCAUCCUUAAGGUGACGCAAAUAAUCCCCGUCGACCAUCGCCAAAACCUGUUGGCUUUAGUCUGAAUCGCUUAGGCAAUAAAAAUUAUUGCAUAAAUCGAAGUAUGCUUUCUUUAGGAGGUCAGCUAUUUUUGCAACACAGUAUAAUUCUGGAGAAUAGGGUGUACGUAUUUCAUGCCCUACAGGGGGUUUAAUGCACAGUUCGCAGCCUUUCCUAUGGUAGGUCAGUAACGGAACGCUAGACCGUGCCCUCGAAUGCGACCACCUCCUUGGAUUCAAUACUACAGGGAAUGUUUGGGCGUGUCUCUUCAAGCAAUAUGUACCCUAUGCAGAAGGUAUGUCUCGUCGAUCAAUGUCCUUUUCAAUCAUCAGGUUUGCGGACGUAUGUGAUUCAGCGAAAAUGGAGAAUUUCGGGAUUCUGCAGGCCGUCCGCUGAUCAGACUGUUGGUCAUCUGAUAGACAGCGUAAUAAAGGACGACUGUGCAUUCCUUAGUUCACCAUCGAGUAGGGUGGUGGCCACAGGUACUAUGAGGAAACACUUGUGGCAAGUAGAUGAAUUGGGUCAUAGUGAGGGUUACCCUCUGGCGCAUAGACCCCAUCACCCAGUCGUUCAGUAAGAGCACUGGCAUGGAAAAGGAGUAUUAUAACGUUUGGAAAUGAGUUUGGGCACACUCUCUAACCCGGAAAAAGGGAUCAUCUUCACGCUUUAUAGUAUUGUCUACAGCUGCCGCCCAACCGAGUUAGGGUUUAAACACGAAUUUAGCGGUGCCGGAAAUCAGCGCCGAUUAUUCUCAUCUUGAGUCGAUGAGUGUGUAAGGAGCAUUUUCGUCGAAGAUCCACUUCAUGCAAGCGUCAAACCACGCAAUUGGUUACCUCUCACUGUAAGUGCAGCGGGAAUCAGUCAAUCGGUUGCAGACCACAAAAUUUAGAUCGAGAAUCCACGUUCUACAGCACGCAUGAUCUCAGAAGUUGAGAAAAUCAACAGAGAAGAAUCGGCAAAACUUCCAUGAUACCAAUUAGAGACGAUGUGUUAAAGUUACUAAUGGAGGAGUACGAGGAUGAGCAAGGGGAGAAGAUCGAGGAGGAGGAGGAGGAGGAGGAGGAGGAGGAGGAGGAGACGGCGGAGCAAUAA